AUGAGUAACAACGAUAGCCAAAACAAUUAAAAUAAAGAGAAUUCUCCUUAGAGAUCUGAUACAAACUAAGUUGAGCCACAAGGAGUAAAUUAGGAUCAGAAAUAAUAGAGUGAAAAAAAAGAAAUUCCACCUAAUUUUGCUUAAGUAGAGCAAAUUGGAUAGUAGUUUAUAGUUUACUAAUAAUAUAGGGAGGAUCAACCAUUAAUUGAGUUUUAAGUUCAUUAAAAUGAGAGAACGAAUACAAAUUUUAAUUAAAGUUAAAAAUGCAAAAGUCAAGCAGAUUUUAGAAAAAGUAUCUAUGUGGCACGUAUUGAAGAAUAAAUUAAUUCGCCUUAAUCAUUUUUCUAGAAAGUAAUAAUUAGUACCUACUAUUAUAUAGAUUCAUAAAAAAGAAAAAUAAAGUAAAAAAUGUUGUGAAGUAUGUUGUCUUCCAAUUGGUUCUCAUACUUUUUGUUGCGGUUCAUAAAAUACAAGACCUCAUUUUAAAUAAUUUGGAGUGGGUGUCAAUCUAUAUUUUAGAUUCUUAAAAAAGUUAGGGUACUUUUUUAUUAUUUUUACGAUAUUUUCAAUACCACAAUUAUUCUUUAGCGUAUUAUGUACUUAAAGAUAAUUAUAAUAGCUUAUGUUGGGAGUGAAGCUAGAGAUUCUUCUAAUCCAUUUGAAUUUUUAAUGGCAACUACUAUUGGUGCUACAAGUUUGAAUAAUAAAGAUUGUUAAAUAUAAUCUUUUGAUUCUAAUUAUAGACCAAUAGAAUUUAAUUUAAAAUGUGAUUCAGGAGAUCUUGCUGGACCAUCAUUUUUAUAUGGUGUUAUUAGUUCAAACGAAUAAGAUUGUAUUUAUAUUAGUAAAGCUGAAUUGAAUUUAAAUAUAACUAAUUAAGAUCGAUUGAAUUUAUUAAGAUAAGAGAUUGAUUCUUAAGAUGAAUAUUCAUUUACUUUAACAUAAUCUGAUUUUAACAAUGAAGACAUAAAAGGAAUGAAAAUAUUUGCUGGAGCAUAAUGUAAAGAUGCCUAGAUUACAAUUGGACCUAUUUAAUUGUAAUAAAAAAUAAUACCAAUUAUCUUUGCAUCUUGUGAUGCAGCAAUAGUCUUAUUAUUCAUAUAUUUUUUAAUUUGUUUAACUGCUAGUGAAAAAAAGUAUACUAAGAUUUCACAAAAAGAAUCACCCACUUUAUAACACUUUUCUCUUUAGAUAUCAAAUUUACCAAAAUGUGAAGAAUUAAUAAGAACUUUAUAAAAGAAAGAAAAUAAAGAAUAUAAACAAAUUAAAUAAUAAUUACUUUAAGAAGUGAAAAAUUUUAUUGAUUAAAAAUUAAAGUCUGUUUUAAAAGAUUAAGAUUUAUAGAUUUAUGAUAUUCAAAUUUCAGAAAAAGAAAAAAUAUUAAAAUUGUAAUCAGAAUUAAAACAUAAAAAACAAAUGAUUUCAAAUUAAUUAGAAGAAUUGAGAAUUAAUAAAUCUUAAUGUUAUCAAGAAGCAUAAAAACAUAUUAAUGAAUAAAUUAUGUCAAAAGAAACAUAUUAGGACUUUUAUCAUUAUUUUUAACAUUCUUGUUAAGAUCCCAAUUAUCAACCAAAUUUAAUUAAAAUUGAUAAAAUCAUAUAAAAACAUUGGAUUGAAAUAGAUGAAUUAUCUUAAAAGAUUGAUCAAAUAUAAUCGGAAGGUGAUUCUAAAUACAUCUGGGUUACUUUUGAUACAAUGAGAUAAAAAUAACAAGUUUAAGAAUAACUUUAAAGUUUACCCAAAGAUUGGCUAUAUUAUUAUUGCUGUUUUUGUUGUUUUGAUGAAGAUGAAAAAAAUAAUCAACUGUACUUAUUAACAAUUAUUUAGAUUAUUAAAGAAAUUUAAGUUAUAAAUAAAAGAUGCUCCUAUUCCUGAAAAUAUAAAUUGGAAUAAUCUUAAUUAUUCUCUUAAACAAAGAAUUAUGAGAUAGUUUUGUAGUUUUUUUAUAACUCUUGUUCUUUUAGCAGGUUCAUGGGUUUUGGUAAGUUGGGUGAAUCUUUAAAAGACAGAUUUCUAAUAAAAAUACCCUUCAAUUAAUUGCAAUAAUAAAAUCUAUGACAAUAUUACUGUAGAUUAGGUUUAACAAGAAAUUGACGAUGAUGGAAGUAUAGCAAUUAAAGGUUAUGUUGAAUGUUACUGUAAACCAAAAUUUAAUGAAAUUCUAUAAGGGUAAUAUGAAAUAUGUUAAGAUUGGGUUACAUAAUAUACAUUUUAAUAAUCAUUACCUUGGAUUAUUGUAGGAGGAUUAAUUGGUGUAAAUGUUAUAAUUUAAUAUAUAUUCAUUUGUAACAAUAAUCUUAUUUUUUAGUUCUAUCGAAAUGGGAAAAGCAUUUGAUGAUUUCCUAAGAAUAUUCUAGCAGAAUUCUAAAAAUAUUUUUAGGUCAAUUUUUAAAUACUGGUUUGAUUCUUCUUAUUACAAAUAUUGAUUUUGGUAAUUCUGCAAGAAAUGAUGCUCCUGAAACUAUUAGAUUUCUUUUUGGGGGAAAGUAUGCUGAUAUAGAUUCGAAAUGGUGUUAAAAUAUAGGAAUUGUUUUGGUAUAUAUAUAUCAUCUACUAUAGUUAUUGACUUUAUUAAUUAAUAUUCUGACAUAACCAGUUAUGCUUUUAGUUGAAAUAAUCAUUAGAUACAUAAGAUAGGCCUAUGAUUAAAGUUCUUGUUGUUUAAAUUAGAAAAAAACUAAAAAAAAAAACUAUUAAGAAUUUAAAGAUCUAUAUAAAGGAGAAUAAUUUAGAGUUGAAUUAAGAUAUGCUUAAGUUUUGACAGCCCUUUAUAUUUGUUUCAUGUAUACUCCUGCUCUCCCAUUCUUAUAUUUUAUUACUAUGUUAACAAUUUGGUUCUUAUACUUUGUGGAUAAGAUUUCAAGUAAUUAAAUAGAAUUAAUUUUUUUAGUUUUCACUACAUAUCGAAAACCAAUCAGGAUAGAUUCAAUAAUAAGUGAAUCUGUGAGAAAAUAUUUGUGGAUUGCUGUAGUUAUUCAUUUGGGCUUUGCUACCUAUAUUUAUGGAAGUUCUAAUUUAUUUUAUGAAACACUUGAAGCUAAAUUAGUGAUCGAUUAAUUAUAAGAUGUCUAUGGAUAAUAAAAUGUAGUAGUAGAAUGGUGGGAUAGAUCAUGGAGUUAAAUUCCUAAUAUCAUUUUACUCGCAAUACUUGCUAUUCUAAUCCUUAUAAUAUUCUUAUUUUUCUUUUGUUAUAAACCUGUAGUUGGAUUGUUUUCUAAAUGUUUUGCUUGUUGUAAUGACUAAAUUAAAAAAAAUAAUUCAAAUGGAUUAGAGCAAUAAGAGUAAAGACCAUUUUUGAAAUGUAAAAUUAACUUAUUUAUUUUAGUUCUAAAAAAGGAAUAAAUAGAUGAAGAUCUAAAAUUCACUUAAUUUCAAAUGAUGUUAGCUCCCUCUGUUUAUAAGGAAAAAUAUCUCAAAUUAUUGAAUGAAUUAUAAAUACCUAUUGGUAUAAAUAAUAAUGAAAUUCCAAUAAUGAAUCAAGAUAUUAGAAUAGAAUAAUUACCUCUAGCUUAAAGUCAAAUUAAAUAAUCGGCAUUAACAUAAAAUGAAAAUUAACAGCAAAACUCAUAAAAUAGAUCUAAUAAUUAAAAUGCUAUAUCAUAAAGUCAAGUUAAUAGAUCAAAAACAGAAUUAAACCAAAUAUAAAACAAUUAAUAGAAGUUGAUUGGUUUAAGGUCCUAUCACAAAGCAGUAUAAUUUAUUUCUUAUAUUAUUAGUAUAAUAAAUAAUACCACAAAUAUUAUGAAUGGGAUGAAAUAAAAGCCAUGAAUACUUAGUGA